AUGGGCAACGUAAGUCCCGGCCGACCUCUCAUCCCGCCUCCCGUUCCGGCAAAGGCGACCCCGCCAGAUUCUGACCAAAACUACCAGGGAGCCAAGGCACAGCAGAAGCGCGAGCGCAACGCCAAGGACAAGGCCGGCGCGGCCAAGUCCCAGCUCAAGGUGAACGCCGCCGCCUGCGACAUUAUCUGCACCGUCUGCCGAUCCACCUUCCUCAAGACCACCAAGCCUCCUCAGCUGCUUGAGCACGCCCAAAACAAGCACAAUAAGGGCAUGGCCGACUGCUUCCCCUCUGUGAGCGUUUAA